GCACAUAUUCAUAUUUCUUAACGCCAUGCACAUAUUUAUAUUUCUUAAUGCUAUGCACAUAUUUAUAUUUUUACUAGGUUACAAAGAGUGUACUGUUUACAUAGGGUGUUCUGAUCCAUUAUACACCAAUGGUUGAUAUAGGGUUAUAUACCUAUUAUGGCCCUUAAGACACAGCAUAUCACUCCAUAUGUUAUCACUACACAAGUUCCUAUCAAUACCACAUACCUAACAUGGUCCGAUCAUGACUAAAAUAGUAAUCUUGUUAUCAGUUAAUACCUGGUUAUACUAUACCAUGCUGUUACACAUCAUAAUACCACACCAGCAUGUCCUCUUUUACAUAUCACCUUCAUCUUUACCUAUGACAAUGUGAGUCUCCCCCUUACAAUGUGAUCACUAUACAGGCAGUGCUUACUUCUUCUCUGCACUGAUUAAGAGACUAAUAUCCCUGUAUAGUUCUCUAUAAACAUCUUGUCUCCCUCUCAUGCCUGCUUAUCCCCUAACAGUGCGAUCCUCACAGGAUUCACAUAGCCUGAAGUGUCUAAGAGACUGUCAGUAUCCCCUGACAGUGCAAUCCUAUUAUACACAGUGCUCACAGCCCACACUGACCAGGCAGCUAGUAUCCCCUGACAGCACUAUUUGCAUAUAGAUAAUGAUCGCACAGCUUACACUGAAUAGGAGCCUGUCAGUGUCCUCUGCCAGUACGAUCCUCACAGCCUUCACAAGUAAGGAGAAACCACAUUCAGAGCUGAUUGGUAGAGAGCUGACCAUGUGACCUCCUAGCAUAGCAACGCGUCCAGGGCAACCAGCCCGGCUUCAGAGCUCACUGCUAUUGACGUGCUUCUCACACAGGAAGUGCCUUGUUUACACUGUUCACAUGAUGCGGCUGACAGCUUCCGGCCCACUGCGAUUCUCCAGCAGUUGCUAGUCUUGGUCCAACACAUAACCUGACCUUAUAUUACCACAAGUUGUAAUUGUAUUGCUUCCUAAUGUAUAUUCAUACUGUAUAUUAUAUGUAAGUGCUGUUUCUGUUCCUGUACUUUGAUUUUCAAGUUUGGAUUGUUACUCCUCCCAUGUGUUUUUGGCGCCCAUUUUUGGGCUAUAUAAACCUGCUAUUGUUGUACUGUCCUUAUCCUGAUCUGAGGAAGGGAGGGAUCCUCCCGAAACGCGUAAUCUUGUCCAUUUUAUUGUUUUUUUAAUAAAAUGUCCUGCUGAGGACUUUCCUAUUACCUUUGGCAUCCGCCUCAUCUGUCUACAAGAGUCUGCAGCGCCAUACCUGAGGGUUUUUUCCUGCUCUACUUCUAAUAUUGACUCCCAGGACGACUUGUUUCCUCCUGCAACCCAUCGGCAUAGCAGCGACUCGUACUACAGUACCCAGAUUAUAUCGUGGGUGAUAUGCUUUUUUGCAUAGAUCUCAAGAUUCUUCAACACAGGCCGUUAGCUGUAACGUGCCAGAAGAGUAUCUACUCAUGGCCGAGGCGACCGUGACUACCCUCCCUUCAUUCGCUACCAUGGACCUCAAGAAUACAAGAUUAAACAGGAGAUCCAUGAUGUUCGACACCCUUGUGACUUCCACACCAUUCAUUGGAACAGUGAUGUCCUCCUCUGAUCCUGCAGGUACUGUUAAGGUUAAUGAUUUUGAACAAAUGAAAAGCCUCUUCUUUGAACUUGAAAAACUCUCAGCGGAAGAAACUCACCAUCAACUGGACAGUGCUUUUCUUAAAGUAUAUCUGAAUGAAAAACUUGUUCCCAGGGGUUUAAGACUGAGACCAAUUGCAUCAUUCAAAGAGGACACUGAGUUUUACAGUAAAUGGGAAUAUGCUUUAAACUUCUGUUCCUCCACACUCCUUCAAUUAUUAUCAGAAAAAAGGGACUCAGUUGUAGACCACCUCUCGGAUAAAAUCGAUAACUGCAUAUUUGCACUCUCGAAGUUCCAACAUUUACCGGAAUACACAGAGUGGCAGUUAUCUCAUAACACAAAAUCACUCAAGUUGGAAAAAGAAAUAUUACAAAAAAAGCUGACCAAGCUGAACAGAGAUAGGAAUGACUAUCAGAAUAAUAACAUCAAAUACUGGCUCAAAACAGACAAACCACAUGAUGGGAACCUCACUUAUAGUAAAAACAAAAAUAUUAAUAAUAAGACAAAUAAAAAUAAAUAUCCACCACGUUCCUUAAACAAUACUAAAACCUUCAGACCAACUUACAAAACUACCCCCCAGCCACCAUCUAAUCUCAUUCAUAAAACCACAACCCAGAAUACUACUCCUCGGCAACCCUACUCCCACAAACCCAGACGCCUUAAUCCAUCUGAACCUACCCACCAGUCACACUCCAACUCUUUCCAUAAACAGCUCUCUACCUCUGAUUGUCACUCCCAUCCAUCCAAUAUUAUACCACAGACCAGCACUCAUACUACUACCGUCCAUCAUCCCACCAUCAAUACGGCUCCAUCUAACCCACCUCCUCAGGAACUCAUUGAAUUUAUUAACUCAUGUAGCCUUAAUCCACCCAAACACGAACCUUCUAAACGCCUUCCUUCAGGCCGUUUCUCUUCAUCUGACCAAGAUUCUCUCCUUGAUGACUCACUACUAACCGUUCAUAUCACUACCCCCCCUUGCAGUAAUGAUCCAGGACGCAUAUAUUUCACCCCAAUGGAGAACCCCCCCACUAACCAUCCCAAACUCUCAAAUACCACCAUCCCCAAUAUGGAUUUAUCCUUACCCCACAACCAACACAACACUACUGUUUUUUUAGACCUCCCCCGCAGAAUUCAGAUAUCACCCCCACCUAUGAAACCCACAACCCCUAUGGAACUAGUGGACAUAGCUCCCCCUUUAGGGGUAAAAAGAAAAGACCGCGGAGACGGGGAUGCAGGGGAGGUCGAAAAAGAAACGAGGGAAGACAAGAGAAAAAGGAAGAACAAGACACACAAGGUUGUCCAAAUAUAGACACUGUUAAAAUAUUCAAUCUCUCUACUUAUAUUAUCAAUGAUAUUGAAAAUAAUAUCCUCAAAAGAGGGCUAUCAUUCUGUCCGACGGGAAGGUCCAACAGCUUUGACCUAUUUAUUGACCUUAAUAAUUUUGUGAAAAAGCUUACUAUUAAAAGGUUUUUCAAUAUCAAAGGUGAACCACAAGGGGAGCACAGCCACACCACUGAUAUAGAAUCUAUGGUACCAGCACCUAUACACACUGACCUUAAACCAAAAUCGAACUUCUAUCCCCUCCAAUCGAGAGGCAGUUACCUUGAUACUUUUCUUAGCAUGGUCGCACACGAUCUAGAAAAACUUACUAAAAGAGACAAUAAAUAUGCUAAUAAUUUAUCUCGCAUUGAACACCAAACCUUAAAGAAACUAGCGGAGAACCGUAAUAUUGUGAUUCGACCAGCAGACAAGGGGGGAGGGGUGGUCAUUUUAAACACAGAAGAUUAUAUCAAGGAAGCUAACAGACUCCUUACCGAUCCCAAAUUUUAUAAAACGUUGCCUACAGACCCGACUAAGAAAUACACUGAUGAAUUGAAAACAUUGGUUAAUGAAGGUUUUCAGACGGGCGUCCUGAAUAAAUCUGAAAAAGAUUUUAUUCUUAUACAUGAACCAUCUUUACCUAUUUUUUAUUACUUACCAAAGGUUCAUAAAAAUACCGAAAAUCCACCAGGGCGCCCUAUUGUAUCUGGGAUAGGCUCUGUGUCUUCCAAUUUGUCACAUUAUUUAGACCUGCUGUUGCAUAAAUACGUUUUAAAAUUGACCUCCUACCUCAAAGAUACUACAGAUUUUAUUUCCUCCAUUUUAGCAGUAGAAUGGAAGACAGAAUACCUCUUGGUUACAAUGGAUAUCACUUCCUUGUACACGGUGAUAGACCACGACCUGGGGAUUAAUGCUGUGGCUCAUUUUCUAAACAAUGACCCAGAACUCCCACAGGCUCAGCGCGAUUUUAUUCAAAAAGGUCUUCGCUACGUUUUAACACACAAUUACUUUGAAUUCCAGAAAUGUAUUUAUGCUCAGCAUACCGGCACCGCAAUGGGGUCACGCGUGGCACCCAGCUUCGCUAA